CAUUAGUCUGUCAUCUUUUGAAAAGUUUCUGUUUAUGUCCUUUUAUUUUUAAUUUUAACAGCCGUUGCACGAUUGCUUUCCAAAGACGCUAUAGCAAUUCAUAGUUCCACCAAAGGGUAUAAUGGUACUCUUCCCCCAACAUCUUCACCAGCAAUAUGGGUUACUUUUCUUUUUAAAUAUUUGAAAAAGAAAAUGUUUCUGAUGGCUAUCUGAUGGGUAGAAAGUGAUAGGUCAUUAUUACUUUAAUUUAUAAUUUCCUAGUACUAGUGUUUUAAAUGUUUUUUCACAUAUUUACUGGCAACUUGGAUUUGCUUUUCUAUAGAUGGACUCUCCACAUCCUUUUCCAUUGUCCUAUUUUUUGUUUUGUCCUUUCUUGUCAGUUUAUAAGAACACUUUUCAUAUUAUAGCUAAUAGCCCUCUGUUCUCUGCGUUGCAACUAGGAAAGGAGAAAGCUGCGUGGAGCUCUGUGCAUGUCUUCUCCUUCUCCAUCUCUGUUAUCAGGACUAGAUCCAUUGUCCUCAGGGUGCAGUCUGGCUCAAUAUGCCAGGAAUGCUAUGCAGUAACUCCAUCAUUUAUUUUUGGAAAACAAAACAAAAUAAGCCCUAGUUGAGGACAAGUUUCUAUCACCUGCCUCUGAACCUUCCCACAUCUACAUUGGGGCAAUAUUGCUCAAGUUUCUGUCAUUCUAAAAUCAUUUUCUUAAUUUUUUGCCAUUUUCUUUAAGUCGUGUACUGCUAUUUAUAUUUCCAAACAUUAACUUUUUUGCAUGGAUUUAUUUUAAAAGUCUAUAUUGUUGUUAUAUCAUCGUAAAUACUAAUUAUCUUUUUCCAAUACACAUUAAAAUAAAUUCAUAACUAUGAAAAUAAAAUACAUCUGCAUACCACCUAAAACACACCAUAUUUUGGUAAGCCACAUCAAAGCGGGCCAAGAGGAUCACCAGACUAGUGAAGGACAAGAGAGAGGAUUUACAGAGCUGCGAGUUUCAGGGCCUCAUCACUUAUCAGUCGCAAGACCACUCCCACCAGCUGGAGUGGAUGGGAGGUUCAUUCACAUCUGAGGAGAGGCCGCACAGAAAGGUGCAACUGCUUGACGUGCUGUGCGGUGGUGGAGAUUAGAGUCCGCAUCUUUCUCCGAAAACAAUAGCGUAGCGGGGUAAUGCUAUGGGGUUUUGGAGGGAACUAGACCUCAGUCAAGUCCGGUGGACACAUUGUAGGUGGUAUUCAGGGCCCAGGAAGCUGGAGCCCAGGGCCAACAAGGAUCGCCUUCCAAACAUUCCGCAUUCUGGCUGGAACAUCAGGGAGGUUCUAAGGUUCUUCUAAUUAUGCUUGGGUCCAGGGCUCGGCAGCGGUGGCCUCAGCACCCGGGGUUGCGAUGGGUCACAGUCCCUGAGCGGGGUGCGACUGUCCAGCCUGGUAUCUGGUGCCUGCCGCAUCGCCACGGGCGGAGGUCGCCAGGCAGGAGGAGCGAUGUGCUGGCUGCGGGCAUGGGGGCAGAUCCUCCUGCCGGUUUUCCUUUCCCUCUUUCUCAUCCAGCUGCUUAUCAACUUCUCAGAGAAUGGUUUUUCCGAAAUCUACAAUGCCAGGAACCGUCAGAGACCAAGCAAAGGGAGUGCAGAAGCAUGUGCUGAACAGAAGAAUUGUAAGUCAUGUACAGAAGAUAAGGCAUGUAUUUGGUGCAGUGAAGAAAGGAUUUGCAAAAAAUAUUGUUUUCCACAUUUGGGAUGUUCAUUCACUUCUGCGUUUUGGUUAAACUGCUCAGUUGACAUGUUUGGAAUGGUGAUGCUUCUACUCAUUGCAAUAUUACUUACAGCGUUCAUUUGGUAUUGCUGCGCCUUGUACUUUUUCCUGCAUGAACGUCAAGCCUAUAUUUAUGGAAGAGGCGUAAUGGUUCCUCCUCGCCACUGGCAUGCUUCUGGCAAGUGCUUUUAUUUAUUUGAUAGAAUGGUGUAGACUCUUUCAGUAAUAGCUGGAAAUCAUCCCCAUAUUUGUUCUGAGCAUCAAAAUUAAAGUAUGAGUAGGACACAUGACAACAGAUUUCAUUGUUCUCAUUUCUAAGACGCAUUUUGGUAACCUCAAUAACUAAGCUAGUAUUGAUAAAAACACAAUAUUAACAGAGAAGAAUUAAAUAUUUCCAACCCUAUUGGGGAUAUUAAUAGCUUCCCCAUUUCUUCCAACUCCCACUCCACAAAAGCAACUUAACAAAAGAUGACCUUUGGCUUAAGGAAUCCUUAUAGGCUUGCCCAGUGUAACUCACUUAAUUUUACCUAGUUCCUCAGCUGACCUUCUAUCCACUCUCCUCAUCUUGAUUCUUUAAACUCUCUUUCCUCAUGAGGCUCCCCCUCAUCUAGGACUCAAGUCUGGGCUUUCCUCAGCUCAUCACCCAUAGUUCCUGGCAGGCACUACCAAUGUUCUGCCCAGGCCUGGAUUGUGGAGGUCAAAACCAUGAUCCCCUCUUCACCUAAAUAAUUGGACCACAGAAAAUUUUAGAUCCGAAUAAUGUGGCUGAGGAAAGGGUACUUCAAAGUUCUUUAUAAUUACCAUUAAAAAUAAAACUUUGCAGAGAAGGGAGGCAUCCAGAUUAUUGUGGUGCUCUGGGCCACAGGGGCAUAAUGAUAGGGAAUGCAGAAAAGCCUGGGAACCAUACUUUCACAUUACACAAUCUGAACAAGAAGCAGGGUAAACCUCGCAGGGGCAAAGAUGAACUGUUAAGCAUAUAUGCCUUCCAUUGCCAGCAAUGGACCUUGUUAUGUAGAAAUUGUUUUGGUAGUAAUAGGAUCACGAGAUAUUUCAAAAAACUGUUUCAACAAGGGAUCUAACAUGCAGGGCAAUUGCUGCUUUUUCCUAGGGUUGAAAUCAAACCAGGGGACUGCAGAAAAUGAUGCUGCAUUGCAAUUUUUCUCCCUCCAUUUUAAAUUUGACAGCACAUUGGCCCAGGAGGAAUACUUUGAAUAGAGUACAAGAUUGGGUAUUUAUUUAUUUUAGGUAGAAAAAUUUAUCUAUUUACAGAUUGAAAAUAAUUAGGUUUAUUGCAAGGUAUAAAAUGUAAUCAAAUUCACAAGGCAGGAUUCUUUUCCACCCAGGAGAGAGUCCAAGGGAACUGCCUACAUUGAAGGGUUGAAUAAGGGAAACAGGGUUUUGCAAAAGGAACUGAGAAGAAGAUGAAAAAACAGGAGACAGUGGUGUCAUUGUGAUCAAGAGAGGAGGGUCUUAGUAUGAAGAUAGAGAGGUUCAUGAGUGUUCUCUGGACUUACAAAUUGGGAGAUUUUUGGUAACCUGUUUAUCUAUGGCAGUCUUAAGAGUGUUUAUACAAGGCAUAGAAUAAGCAGACUUCUGACUUGUGGAAUAAGAAAAUAUGGAACCUAUAAAAUGUUUUAUAUACUGUGUGUCAUUUUACCAUGAUGCCCCUUACCUGUGAAGUUAUCUUCCAGGAGUGGUAGUAAUAGUGCCCUUCUUGGUCCACACUUCUUUCUUUCCUAGAAAAUGAAUCAGAGAUUAUUUGCUGGGAUUAGAGAUUCAUUAAGCAUCUACAAGUUUUCUGUCACUGGAGACAACUAGUCUUGUGGUAUCUUUUCUUCUUUGUCAAAUUAAUACUCAAGUUGCUACUACCUUAAGCUACUUGAGCCCUAAAUAUUAAAAUAGAAAUAAUACUAAUAUCUCAGAAUAGAAAUCUUUUGAUUAUUCAUGAAUAUUUUAUUUUUAAGAUUUUUAAAGAUUAGGUAAGUCUUCAUUGACUUUUCUUAGAAAGAAUUUGAAAAGGU